AUGGCCGAUAUUUCUAACAGCACGCAGACCUACUCAACAGAGAUGUCUUGGACUGAUAUCCAGGAUGCAAGUGAAUACAUGAAUGUCACUACUCAAUCUUUGGAUCCAUUUGGAACAACUCAACCUAAUCUGAGGAAUCUCAUCUUUCCCGCUGUCUUUUUCGCGCUCAUUGUACUUGCCAACAUCAUCAGUCUUGGCGCAUUCCUAGUAGAAAAACGGCUCCGUACCUACAAUAAUUACUUCAUCAUAAACCUCACCAUACUGGAUCUGCUGGUUGGAAUUGGAAUGGGAGCUGUCGUGGAGUACUCGUACAUUAAACGGUACCCGUUUUCUCAAAAUGCCUGUAAGGUCAUAACUGGGAUCUUCAGCGGAAUCGUCAAUGCUUCUAACAUCAACGUGGUUGUGAUAUGUGCCGAUCGACAUCAAGCGGUCUAUGAUCCCAUCAACCAUUAUAUCUCCCGAUCAAAGCGCAAGGCAAUCAUCAUCAACUCUCUGCCAUGGGUGAUUGGACUCUCGUUCUGGAUAGGGUACGUCACAGUGUGGGAGUUCGUCAUCGAUCACGACAACGGUGUCAACUGUACUCAGCGGUUCCUUCUCAGUCCGUUGACGAAUAUGAUCCAAAGUGCUGCCAUGUUCUUCUUGCCUUUGGCCAUCAUCGCCGUUCUCUAUGUCAGAAUCUUGAUCAAGAUUCGCAAAUCGGUUGGAAGACGGAACAACAAGAAGUCGACUGAUUUGAAGAACCUCCACCUUUCCGCCGUUAAGGAUACCGAGAUAACGAGCGCAAGCGUUACGUCGACAUCACAUACAGGUUCAUGUAGUGACAUUACUGUGAAAGGGAGCAAAGAAGAUACUUUGGUAUCAUCAUCUUCAUCACGUAAUGAGACCAACAUCGGAAAGAGUGACCAAGAAAGAUCGGUUCGUAAUCUACAGAAUUGUUAG